AUGAGGAACCCUUUCGAUAUGACCGACCUGGAUCACCUCGUCGAAGAGCACCACGCUCAUGACGCACACAGCCAUGCAAAUCUCUCCGCCUAUCAAUCGUACGACGGCGAGCGCUCACUUCUUCAAAACGAAAGCCGUCGAGGCGACAAUCUAAAAGACCGUUUCAUCGGAGCCAUUGAUCAAGGAACUACAAGUUCACGCUUCAUCAUCUUCGACUGCACAGGCGUCCCCGUCGCCAAAUAUCAGACCGAAUUCCGUCAGAUCCACGAGUAUUCAGGAUGGCACGAACAAGAUCCCCUCGAGCUGGUGGAUUCCGUCUAUACCUGCAUCGAAGAAGCCAUGAAGACCUUCCUCGCCCUCGGUCACAGCAAAUCCGAAAUCGAAGCGAUCGGCAUCACCAGUCAGCGAGAAACAGCCCUCUGCUGGGAUUCCGAAACCGGUGAGCCGUUACACAAUGCCAUCGCCUGGCCCGACACCCGGACCAAGAAUCUCGUUCGCGAGCUCAAAGAACAAGACGGCGCGGAUAAGGUUGCGGGCAUUUGCGGUCUACCCCUCUCCACAUACCCCUCUUCCGUCUCAUUAGUAUGGCUCCUGCGCCACAGUCCCCGAGUCAAGCAGGCUUAUGACGAGGGACGACUCUGCUUUGGCACCGUGGAUUCAUGGCUGAUCUACAACCUUAACGGCGGGCCCGAAGGUGAACGCCAUGUCACCGAUGUCACCAAUGCUUCCCGAACCAUGUUCAUGAACCUGGAAACGCUGGACUACGACGACACCCUGUUGGACUUCUUCCACCUGGACAAGAAGAAGAUCCGACUGCCCAAGAUUCUUCCGUCGUCGGAUCCUGAUGGCUACGGCACUGUCCGUUUCGGCCCGCUGGCGGGUGUUCCCAUCACCAGCUGUCUGGGAGACCAGUCGGCAGCGUUGGUGGGCCACUGCGCCUUCACCCCCGGAUCGGCGAAGAAUACCUACGGCACGGGGUGCUUUUUGCUCUACAACGUAGGCGAAAAGCCUGUCAUCUCCAAACACGGCCUGCUGGCCACGGUGGGCUUCCAAUUAGGCAAGGAUCGCAAACCCGUCUAUGCCUUGGAAGGUAGCGUGGCGGUUGCCGGUAGCGGUAUCUCCUUCCUGAUGAACAAUCUGGGCUUUUUCCGUGAUUCUCGAAAGGUCAGUGACCUGGCAGCGACGGUUCCCGACAGCGGUGGCUGUGUGUUCGUUACGGCUUUCAGCGGUCUGUUUGCUCCCUACUGGAUUGAUGAUGCCAAGGGAACCAUCUUCGGCAUCACACAACACACACAACGCGGUCACAUUGCCCGCGCAACCAUGGAAGCUGCCUGCUUCCAGACCAAGGCGAUCCUCGACGCCAUGGCCAUGGACAGCGGCCACAAACUGUCCGAACUCGCUGUCGACGGCGGCAUGAGCAAUUCCGACAUUUGCAUGCAGACCCAAGCCGACAUUAUCCAAAUCCCCGUCGAACGCCCCGCCAUGCACGAGACCACUGCGCUGGGCGCCGCCAUCGCUGCGGGCUUUGCCAUCGACGUGUGGAAGGAAUUCAGCGAACUCAAGAACAUGAACCGCGCCAACCGCACGACCUUCACGCCACGCAUCUCCCCCUUACAGAGCGGCCGCAUGUACAAGCAAUGGUCCAAGGCCGUCGAGAUGUCUCGCGGCUGGCUGGAUGCAAGCGAGAUCGUAUCCGAGGGACCCCAGGAUUGA